CAACCCUGAAUAAAGACCAAGAGCAACAACUCAAAGAAGAAAGAUGGCGGCCCGCACAAGACUGCCCUUGCUUCUCCCUAAAAGUUUUUCUCCGCUUAGAACCCAAAAACAUGUCCACACCGAAGCAGCCGUAAAGGAGCCUUCGUAUCCACCUAUCGUCGCCUCUCUAACAGCUAAAAGCAAAGCCGCCCGGCUGCGGCAGAUAGAAGAGCGCGUUAAAAAGAUCCGCGCCUCUCCCGUGGAGGAAAAGCUGUCCCUCAUCACUCGCAUCCAGCGGAUGAAAUUUGUAGUCUACCCUCAGACAUUCGCACGAAAUGCAGACAGGUGGUACCAGCACUUCACCAAAACCGCGUACAUCCCGGGCCUCCCGGAUAAGUUCACCCCGGUGUCGGAAAGCUCCCCCUCAGUCGUGGAUCAAACAGCUCCCCCGGGGAUCGAUGAUGCUGUGUUCAAUGAAAUCCGAGACCUGGUCUCCCGUGUGAUUUUACACGAGCACUGGCACAAGAUGAAGAAGCGUAAACCUUUUCUGUACAAGACUCAGGAGCAGGUGGUCGGCCCCUUCCUGAGGACCCUGGUUUCUGGUCUAACCUACAGUUUGGCAAAAUACAAUCCACUGCUCCAUCUCUCCAGUCUGGAUCUCAGACCACAGGUGAACUUUUAUUGGAGGAGGGGAAACAGAACAAUACCAAAGGGCCAUCGCAAAGGCCAGCCAGAGCCAAUCAGGUUCCAGAUUGACGACCGCCCACACAGCCAGAUUAGAAUACCUCAGCAACUAACGCAGUUUACUGCACUGGAGGCCUCUUACACAGCUGAGGUCCCAGAGGUACCCUAUGCCCCCAAUCUGAUGCCCUUGUUCAGAAGGCAGUAUGAAAACAACAUCUUCACAGGAGCAAAGCUGCCAGACCCAGCCUGCUAUGGUCACACUCAGUUCCAUUUCGUGCCCGACCGGUACCACAGAGAACGCAUGGCUCGGCAGAAUCAGUCUGACCAAGUGGAGGCCUUCCUCAGAGCCCACGCCAUUGCCAGCCUUUUUGCUUGGACCGGAGCUCAGGCCACUUACCAAGGUUUCUGGAACUAUGAGGAUGUCUCCAGACCCUUUGUGUCGCAGGCUGUCAUCACAGACGGCCAUUUCUUCUCCUUCUUCUGCUACCAGCUCAACACUCUGGCCCUGUCUGUGGAAGUGGACACCAACAACCCCAGGAAAAACCUCUUGUGGGGCACUGAGAGCCUGCGACUCUAUGAGGACGUGCAGGACGGAGAGGUGUUGGGUUUGAACGAUGGCGUCAUCAGGCUACUGGUUCAGUUCCUCGUGAAUCAGCCUCACAGUUGAGCAGGAGAUUAACAUGCAGGAAGCUGCAUGUUUGUUCAGGUGUGAGCAAGAUGCAAAAACAAAACUUACUGUAAGAGUCGGACAUGAGAGAAUCGUUCGGACUGUAGUUUGAAAAAAAUGUGGGUCAAGCUUGUAAAAACCAAACUAACCAUAGACAGACAGUACAUUUAAGCUCAAGAUGGAGAUCCUGAACAGUAACAAAGUGGUUUUGUCUUUUCUUCCAAUAAUGUGAUUGUUUAAUUCACUCUUGUUAAUUUAGCAUCUGGUGCUCAUUACUGCUUUAAGGGGAUACACCAACGUUAUUCCCUUUCAGCUUUUACAGAAAAUACAGUUAGUGCAAAACAACAGCUGUCAAUAAAACAUCUGCCACCCCAA